CACGACACCCCGCUAGACCCUGCGUCUCCAGAUGGUGUAGACUGGACGCAGGAUAUUCCUGAUACUGAACACGUCCGUUUCUUCCGAUCAACACAAUGGCAGGACUCGCUUCUGGGACCCGUGCAGUCUUGGGGCAACGCGCUUCGUCUCUACACAUACCAGGUCUUUGCUGACAAGCGACCGAGUUGCGUCGCCAUCUAUAAUGAAGGCUUCGCCGAAGCUGCUGAUGGAGCCCAUCCCUUCUUGAUGGGCCACACCUUUGCAGAAGCAUUUCCUGAAAUAUGUGAUGAUAUUAUGCCUGUCUUUGAAACUGCCAANAAGACGAAACAAGACUGCCCAGUCAUAGAAAUACCUCUUAUGGUCAGGCGAAAUGGCUUCCUCGAGGAGACUUAUUUUACUGGAAACUUUGUCCCGCUCAGAGGAGAUGAUGGUCAAGUACAGGGAUGGUACAAUUCAUUGACUGAGAGGACGAGACAAAAGAUCACUGACCGUAGACGAAACAUGCUGAAUGCGAUUGCGGUCCUGCCCGAGGGCUGUACUUCAUCGACUAUUGGUUCUCACUUCAUCAACUGUUUCCGGACGAACUCGGAGGAUAUACCGCUCGCUCUUGUAUGGGAGAUAGACAACGCUUCUCUUUCGACACAGCCAUCUCGCAAAUUGAAGCUGCUUGCAAGCCUCGGCGUGCCAGAAGGUCAUCUUUUGGCCGAGCAACAGGGAUCUCUUGAUAGCGAGGAAGGCAUAUAUCCGCUGUUGAAGAAAGCAAGAACCGAUCCUACAACCUCACCAUGUGGACCAGAGUUUGAUGGUGUUGAAUGGGAAGGUUUCAGGGAGCCAUCAGAGCAUGUCUGUGUCAUACCCUUAUUGAAUGCCGGACGCUCGUACGGAUAUUUGCUCAUCGGUACAAAUCCAAGAAGACCUAUUGAUGACGAUCACGAGCAGUUCAUGCGAGAUCUUGCAUCGCAAUUGUCUUCAUCUAUGGCGUUCUUAGUGUACAUGGAAGAAUCGGAAAAGCGACAACAUCGCCUCGAGAACAAACUGGCUGCUAGCGAACAUCACAUUAGAUAUAUGGCCGACCAUCUUGACAUCGGACUUGAGCACUUGAGCCUGGAUGGGAACGUUCUUUGGGCCAACGAGCAUUACUUCAACCUCAUCGGUGAGAAGCCCACAAACGACUUCUCAGAGCUGCGUCUUCCAUUCAAAGAUCAUGUUCUUGAAGAGGACCAAGAAAAGAUGUGCACUGCCUGGAAAGCGGUAUUGGAAGGUGUAACAACCAGUACAACCGAAUUCCGAAUGAAAAGGUUAUGGAAUCCACCUUUUGGCCCUCCGGUACCUGCCACUGUACUUAUAUCAGCCGUGCCAUACUUAGAAGAUGGCGAGAUCAAGUCUAUCAUGGCUUGUAUGACAGAAGUUAGUCGCCUGAAAUGGGCUGAGGCCUGGCAAGCCAGAGCAGCUCAGGAAGCGCAAGAAGCAAAACGACAGCAAAGUGAAUUCACCGACGCCAUAUCGCAUGAAGUCCGCAACCCCUUGACGGCAAUGCUGCAACUUGCGAACAGCAUUUCCGGAUCUCUCGAGGACCACAAGGAAAAGAACACGAGCGUUGAAGAAUAUCUGCACAUCAUACAAGAGAAUAUCGAGGCAGCCAAGACGAUCAUCUUCUGCGCCAGCCAUCAGAAAAAGGUGCUUGACGAUGUCUUGAUUCUCUCAAAGAUGGACUUUAUGCUCUUGACUCUUUCACCAAGUCCGUCACAGCCACGGGAUCUCAUUGAUAAUGCUGUCAAUAUGCUUCAAGCCAAUAUCUCGGCGGCAGAUAUUGAGAUGAAAAUCGAGGCACACGAAUCAAUUGCUGAACUUGGAGUCGCUUGGGUCAUGUGUGAUCCUUUGAGAGUCACACAGGUCUUGAUAAAUCUGUUAUCGAACGCCAUCAAAUUCACCAGGUUAGAGCGUCAUCGACGUGUAACUCUGCGGUAUGGCGCCUCGCUCGAAGAACCAAAGAACUCUUUCAAAGAAGGAUUAGCUUGGGCUUCAACCAAAAAAGAACAUGAGGAUGUCACCAUCGGAGAAGAAUGGGGCGAUGGCCCGCAAAUUUAUCUCAGCUUCUGCCCCACUCUUCAAUCAACACAAGAAUUGGUGCUUCGACAGCUGGAUAACACCCAAGCACUGAGAGUGGUUGAAGAUACUGCAGUCAUGAAAGAUCCUGAGAUGAGUGAACAACAGAAGAUCGUGCCAAGUCCCAAGAUCCCUCAAGAACAGACUGCUUUGCCCGAGCUAGCGUAUCAUAUCCUUCUGGUAGAGCUCACUAAAGCCGGAUGUAUCGUAUACGUUGCCAAUCAUGGUCUGGAAGCUCUGGAGACCCUACGCCGUGCCGAUAUAUGGGAAGAAGCAGCUGGUUCUGGUCAUAAGCUGGAUGUUGUGCUCAUGGAUCUGGAGAUGCCAGUCAUGGAUGGUUUAUCUGCAAGCCGAGAAAUCAGGUCUCUGGAACAAAGUGGCAAGUUGACCCGGCAUGUUGAGAUCAUCGCUAUCACUGCGAAUGUUCGAAAGGGCCAAGUCGACGGUGCACUCGAUGCGGGUAUUGAUGCAAUCAUGGCCAAGCCGUUCUUGGUGUCUGAUCUGCUCGAGACGAUCAAAACUCGACUUGGAAGA